GGGGGGGGCAGGGGAGAAGGGACACCCACGCACACUUUGACAGGUAGUGAGGGAGAUGUGCAGGGCGCUCAUCAGGGAGACAAAAAGUGACAGGGAGAGAGAAGGGAGAGGAAGUGAGAGAGAGGGGGGCAGAGAGAGGGGCAAACUCCGAAACCCUCCCCGUACCAGGACUGUACAACGCAGCAGAAUCCGACUCCUUCACAGACGGGCUGUUGAGGGGAAGACAGUGAUUAUUGUGGAGCAGAGUCGCCGCGGCAGAGACGGCGGGACCAUGACCAUGCCCGUGUCCGGGAAGGGGUGCUUGCUGUGGCUCUGUAUUCUUCUCUCCCCCCUCACCCGGCUGUGUGCGAGUCAAGUUCACCGCGACACAGCUCCUCAGACAAAAAAGGACUUCAGCAGCAUAGCGACGAAGUUCUCUCUCCGAAAUGCCUUGGAUCCAGAGGGUGAUUCCUGUUACCUCACCCCUGGCCAUUUGGAAAGCAUCUCACAAUGCAACUUCAACCAAUCUGCGAGGACUUUCCUAGUUAUCCAUGGGUGGACGGUUACAGGAAUGUUUGAAAGCUGGAUUCCAAAACUAGUCCUGGCUUUGUAUGAGAGAGAGGAUGACUCCAACGUUAUUGUGGUGGACUGGUUGACCCGAGCUCACCAGCACUACCCGAUAGCGGCCGAGAACACCAAGCUGGUUGGCCGUGAUAUCGCACAGUUUGUUGAGUGGCUGGAGGAAGAUCUGAACUUCCCAGCUGAGCACAUCCACAUGCUGGGCUACAGCCUGGGCGCUCACGUUGCAGGGUUUGCUGGAACCUAUGGAGCCUACAGAGUUGGCAGGAUCACAGGCCUGGACCCUGCGGGGCCCGUGUUCGAGGGAGCCGAUGCCCAGCACCGCCUGUCGCCAGAGGACGCGGUCUUCGUGGACGCCCUGCACACCUUCACCCGGGGCUCCCUGGGCCGCAGUAUCGGCAUCCAGCAGCCGGUGGCCCACGUGGACAUCUACCCUAACGGGGGCAACUCCCAGCCCGGCUGCAGCCUGGGACGAGUGUUGGGGAACAUAGGAUCGCAGGGCGUGUACGCGGUGGCAGAAGCUAUCAAGUGCCAGCACGAGCGAGCCAUCCACCUCUUCAUCGACUCCCUCCUCAACAAAAACUACCCCAGCCUGGCCUACCGCUGCCCCAGCCAGGCGACCUUCGAGCGGGGCAUGUGCCUGAGCUGUCGCAAGAACCGCUGCAACACCAUGGGGUAUGACGUCCGCAGGGUGCGCAGCAAGAGGAGCGGCCGCAUGUAUCUGAAGACGGCUGCGGACAUGCCCUUCAGAGUUUACCACUAUCAGCUGAAGGUACACUUUUUCAGGAAAAUCAAUCAGACGGAGCCAGCUACAAAUUUCCUCAUCUCGCUCUAUGGAACCCUGAAUGAAACUGGAGGAAUCUCCAUUCCAGUCUUGGAAAUUGCACCCAACAGCACGUCCUCGUUCCUGGUGCACACGGAGGUGGAUAUCGGAGAGCUGCUGAUGGUGAAGCUGAAGUGGGAAGACACCUCAUCCCUCUGGUCCACCAUCGUGGACAAGGUGACCAACCCCUGGUCGCUCUGGAAGAUGUGGGAGAAGCACGAGGAGACCAGCACUGCCCUGGAAAUCAGGAGGCUGCGAGUGAAGGCGGGAGAGACCCAGAAAAAGAUAGUGUUCUGUGCAAAAGACUCUGCCUCAGUGAAGGUGCAGCCAGCUCAGGAGGUGACAUUCGUCAAGUGUCAGAACUAACAGACGAGGAAAGAAGAGUGGCCAAUAAAGUGCGUCACUGCUUGGGGGAAGUGGCAGUGCACGUGAAUUUUAACAUUGGACUUCCUUGCUUCCCACCCGACCUCCUGGCAACGGACUUCCUGGGAGUUAUAUCGCUCACUUAUCAAUACCGAGGAUUUCCUCAGGGAACAAGGUUUGGCAGCGUGGUCUUCUGGUGCUUGGCCCGAGAUCCUCUCACCCCUCUGAGCCGUGAGGCUGUGCGUUCAGAUCACACUCCAGGGCCCGGUCCUUGGCACACAGUCCAAGCGGACCCUCUGGGCGGGCUGCACUGCUGGGUGAAAGAGAUGUGUAACCGAGGCUCCCGUCCACUUUGGGCGGGCUCGAUAAAUUCCGUGUCACUAAUGUUAAAGAAAGCCAAAGGAAUUCUCUCAAAAGGUUUGGCCAAUAUUUAUCUCUCAGCCAGAAUCACUGAAAUAAACAUGUUAUCUGGUCAA